AUGGCUGAACCACAGGGUGAAGCCCCACCACCUCCUGCAGAAAGACUUUUGGGUGACUAUGGGGGUGCAAAUGCUCCUACUGGAAGGUUAACAAUUGUGAACCAACUGAUAAAUGUUGAUCACUUUCAGCUGCACUCGUCAACGAUUCGUCAACUCGAGAGAAGACCGUUCUCCAGAAAAAUCAAUGAAGAUGCUAACAAGCAUUUACAAAGAUUUCUGACAAUGACGACAUCGUUGAAAAUUGAGGGACACUCAGAAGAAGCUAAAAAGUUGGUUAUGUUCCCGUUUACACUGUCGGAAGAUGCCGAAGAGUGGUUUUACUCUUUACCCGCGGGAAGCAUAACAACUUGGAAACAAAUGGAGACAACAUUCCUGAAUGAGUACUUCCCUGCUUCUGUGUAUAUCCGUAGAAGAGAUUAA